CUCUCUCUCUGAGCUGUGAGAACAAGAGUAACUCUGAUGGAUGGGUGGACAGUCAGAAGAUACACAGACAGUCGGGGGCUGGAAGAUUUUUCAUCAUCAGUGUUUGGAUCACAAACAGGAUCUACAUGUACAAUCGGAUCCACUGACCCAUCAGACACUGGAGUGUACUGGUGUCAGUCUGAAUCUGGAGAGAAAUCUCAUCCUGUUAAUAUCACUGUACACUCUGGUGUGAUUCUGGAGAGUCCUGUUCAUCCUGUGAAUGAAGGAGAUAAUCUGACUCUACACUGUUUAGAUCAGCAUUCAAGCCCAUCAAACCUCAGAGCUGAUUUCUAUAAAGAUGGAUCACUCAUCCAGAGUCAAACUACAGAGAUGAUCAUCCCUACUGUCUCAAAGUCACAUGAGGGUUUCUACUACUGCAAACACCCAGAGAGAGGAGAGUCGCCCAAGAGCUGGAUCUCAGUCAGAGCCUCAAGAUCUGAUGGUCUCAAACAAGCUGUGAUAAUUGGAGUGACUGCAGGACUGACUGUUGUAUUUUUGAUCAUUGUCUUCUUGGUCCUGCUGUGGCGCUACAGAAACAACAAAGGUGGAAGAUGUGAGUCUCCCACUGCUGUCGGUCAACAGCAGAACGUCAGUCAGACAUCAGAGCAGAACCAGAGUGAAGACAACACACUUCUGUCUGACAGUGAAAGUGGACCGACUGAGAUCACAUAUGCUGAGAUUGAACUCAAAUCUACAAACAAACAGAAGAAAAAGAAAGAAAAAAAGUCAAAAUCACUGAGAGUUGUGACGUCCUGUACUCUGAACUGAAGCUGGAAACAGGUCAAGGUGCUGGAUCUAGUGAUGUGACGUAUGCUCAGGUUAAA